CUCUUUCCUUUCCUCCGCGGCCAGCAUCCAGGUCCAGGUCCAGGGGAGGCCCUCGGUUUCUGUGCCCGCACGUUUCACCGGCCAAUUCGAACAGUUCCCAUUUUCCCCGUGCACUCGCCCCUCCCCUUCCCUUCCCCUUUCUCUUCUCGCUCCGGCGUCGGCGACGGCGGCAGAUCUGCGCCGGGCCUAGGAUGGUGAACGUCAACUGGGAGCUGCAGGGCUGCUGCCAGCACAACCAGGUCGUCUUCAUCGCCGCCGUCGGCGUCUCCACCGUCGUCAUCCUCGCCCUGUGGAGGACGUUCCUGCUCACGCCUUUCAAGCUCAUCACCGUCUUCCUCCACGAGACCAGCCACGCCCUCGCCUGCAAGCUCACCUGCGGAGAUGUUGAGGGCAUGCAGGUCCAUGCUAAUGAAGGUGGUGUUACACAAACUCGUGGUGGCAUUUACUGGAUAAUCUUGCCUGCUGGAUAUCUGGGUUCAUCAUUUUGGGGAAUGGUGUUCAUACUUUCAUCCACACAUCUCCUGGCUACAAGAAUUGCGGCUGGUUGCUUCAUACUUGCAUUAGUUAUUGUUCUCUUUGUUGCCAAAAAUUGGUUUCUGCGCUGGCUCUGCAUUGGUUUCAUCAUAUUCAUUGCUGUUGUUUGGGUUAUACAAGAAUUUACAACUUUCCAUGUUCUGAAGUAUGUUAUUCUAUUCAUAGGUGUUAUGAACAGCUUAUUUUCAGUUUACGAUAUCUAUGAUGACACCAUAUCCCGAAGAGUGAAUUCAAGUGAUGCUGAGAAAUUUGCUGAAAUCUGCCCUUGCCCUUGCAAUGGCGUUGGAUGGGGUGUUAUAUGGGGCUUCAUCUCAUUUAUUUUUCUCUGUGCGUCGAUAUAUCUUGGACUGGUUAUAUUGUCUUGAGGGCUUGCACCUCCCAUAUAUUAGCAUUUUGACCUGACAGCGCAGGGGGUGCUUGUUGUUUGUUUCCAUUGGUCCGGACAUUGGCUGCAGCUUGUAUUGAUCCAUGGGGGACAGGUUGUACAAAAUUUAUACAUAGGGCAACCAGUUUAUGCCAUAAUUAAGGUUGAUUGAAAUUGGAUAGGGGCGGUUAUUCAUGCGAUUCUUCCUUGCGUUUAUAGCUCAUGUAGAUGGCAUUUGAUAUGCACAGCUGAUAUAGUAUUAUGUUGUUGUUGAGAUGGUAUUCAUGGACCAACUGAAAUUCAUUCAGCAAUGCAUGCAAGCUCAUAGACUAUUUACUGCAGCAGCAGUAGCA